UUGGAAUCUUGUGGAAUUGCCUAGAGACAUUAAAAAAAUGAUCAACUUAAGGCAUCUCAUCUUGGAUAAGUGUGAGAUUUUGAGUGCAAUGCCACGUGGAAUUGGUGAAUUGAAUGGUGUUCGUACAUUGAAUAGAUUUGUUUUGAGCGAAAGCAAUUGUUUGGAGAGGGGCGGUAGUGCUGGUCUUGCUGAGCUGGGAAGCCUUAAGGAAUUAAGGGGAGACUUGGAAAUUGAAAAUUUGAGUCACGAGAAAGAUGUGGUGUCAGAAUCAAAUGUUGGUACACCUCUCAAGGACAAACAGCAUCUCCAUUCCUUGGAUUUAAGGUGGAAAGAGAUAGAAGAUGUAAAGGCAGUUGAUGAGGAGGAUAUUAUAAAGUCAAUGGAAGUAUUGCAACCCCAUUCUAAUCUAAAGCAGUUGACCGUGUCGUAUUAUGGUGGUGUGAGGUUUGCGAGUUGGUUUUCUUCUCUCAUUAAUAUUGUUAAUCUCGAAUUGCAGAGUUGUAACAUAUGCCAACAUCUUCCACCCUUGGAUCAUUUGCCUUCCCUUAAGAAACUGGAACUUGAAGGGUUGGAGAAGUUGGAGUACAUAUUACUAUCAGAGAAAGAGAGCAGUAAUAGUAUGAGUGAUGAGAUGAUGAGGAUCUCAUUCUUUCCCUCCCUGGAGGAGCUCUACAUAGCAGAUUGCCCUGUUCUGAAGGGAUGGUGGAGGGCCCACACUCAUAACACUGCUUCUUCUUCUUCAUCAACGGAAAUACUGUCGUUGCCUUCUUUUCCCUCUCUUUCUGCAUUGACCAUCCGGAAUUGUCCUAAUCUAACUUCCAUGCCUCUGUAUCCAAAUGUGGAGAGAAUACUUCUCAAGGGGAGCAGCUGGAAGGUUGUUGAAUCCUUGUUUGUUAGAGGAGCAUCUGAUAUUCCACAUGAUGUUGGUGUUGAUGUUUCUGCCGCUUCUUCUUCCCCUCAUCUCUCCAAAUUAACAUUUAUGUGGCUCCAAGAAAUUGAGGAUUUGGGAUCACUGCCAGAAGAAAUAAGCAAUCUGACGUCACUUCAGAAGCUUACAAUUAAGGAUUGCUCUAAUUUGGCAUCACUGCCAGAAGGGAUUCGUGGACUCCCCUGUUUAAAUACAUUGGUGAUUGAGAAAUGCCCCAUGUUAAGCGAAAGAUGCAAGAAAGAAACAGGUGAGGACUGGCCUAAGAUUGCUCACAUCCCACACAUUGACAUUCACAAUUAUUAAGAUAACAUACCGUGUGGAUCAAAGAUUUCGUUGUCGGCACUUUUGCUUUCCCACCCACCAACUUCAAUAUUUUUUAUUUUUUUUAGUUUCUCUUUAAUUUCCUUCUUUUCAAUUAUAUGAGGCGUCAACCUUUUGAAUUCAACAUGUGAUGCGACUACUUGGAGUGGUUGUAUACAAUUUUGCUUUUGA